GGGGAGAUGCUGCUGUGUCCGGUGAUCCGGAAGCUGCAGCACAAGCGCGUAGUGUUGGCCAGCUCCUCCCCGCGCCGCCAGGAGAUCCUCAGCAAUGCUGGCCUCAGGUUCGAGGUGGUCCCAUCCAGGUUCAAGGAGAAGCUGCACAAGGCCUCGUUCGCCACCCCGCAGGCGUACGCCGUGGAAACGGCCAAGCAGAAGGCCCUGGAGGUGGCCGGCCGGAUGCACCAGAAGGACCUGCGUGCCCCAGACGUGGUCAUCGGAGCCGACACCAUCGUGGCGGUCGGGGGACUGAUCCUGGAGAAGCCGGUGGACAAGCAGGAUGCCUACCGCAUGCUGUCGAGGCUCAGCGGGACGGAGCACAGCGUCUUCACGGGCGUGGCCGUCGUCCACUGCUGCACCAAAGACGGCCAGCUGGACACCCGGGUGUCCGAGUUCUACGAGGAGACCACGGUGAAGUUCUCGGAGCUGUCGGAGGAGCUGCUGUGGGAAUACAUCGACAGCGGGGAGCCCAUGGACAAGGCCGGCGGCUAUGGGAUCCAGGCGCUGGGUGGGAUGCUGGUGGAGUACGUGCGCGGCGACUUCCUCAACGUGGUGGGCUUCCCGCUGAACCGCUUCUGCAAGGAGCUGGCGCGCCUCUACCACGCGCCCCGGGCCCCCGGUGCCCCACCGCGGAUCCACUACGACUCCAUCCCUGCCGUCGACACCUUCGAGGACCUCAACGACGCCGAGGGAGGCGUCUCCGACCAGGCUCCCGCCAACGGGGGCCUGGAGGCGGGCGGGGCGCAGCCGCAGGCUCCCCAUACCCGGGACGCUCCGGACCUGAAUGGGGUGAGGGACAGCCAGCCCCCGCUCCCCGCGGGCCUCCUGGGGCUGAUGGACGGCUUCAAAGCAUCCAAGGUCCUGCUCACGGCUUGCAAGCUCAACGUGUUCGAUGUUCUGAAAGAUCGAGGCCCCCUGACAGCUGCGGACGUUGCCCGCGAAAUCGGCGCCUCGGUGGACGGCACCGAGUGCCUGCUGGACGUCUGCGCGGACCUGGGGCUGCUGCAGAAGGCGGACGGAGGUGAGCGGCCGCCCAGGCCGCUGCAGAAGGCAGGCGGGGGUGAGGGCCUCCCGGCUGUCGGCACGGCGGCCCUGGGCCGCUGGAGGACGCGGGCGGGGGCGCCCCACAAGCAGAGCACGGAGGCGACCCUGCAGUUCAUGAGGGCCUCGCACGGCCUCAGCAAGCUGACCGCCCACCAUGUGGCCACGGCCUUUGACCUGUCCCCGUUCACCUCCGCCUGCCACCUGGAAGGCUGCACGGGCGCCCUGGCCCACAAGCUUGUCCAGGAGUACCCGCGUCUGCAGGUGACCGUGUUUGACCUCCCAGAGGUCAUCGAGCUUGCGGGGGGCUUUCAGGCCGGCGCAGGGCCGUCGGAGCGGGUCCACUUUGUGCCAGGUGACCCUUCCAGCGGCCGCCUCCCGCCCGCGGACCUGUACGUUCUCUGCAGCCUCGCGCACGACGGGCCGGACCACAGGCUCCACGGGCUCCUGAGGCGGGUGUCCCGCAGCUGCAGAGCAGGCGCUGGCCUCCUGCUGGCCAAACUGGCGCCCGCGGAGGAGGAGGAGGAGGAGGCCGGCGGGGCGGCGCGGAGGUCCCGCGGGCUGCGGAUCCUCGGGGCGGGGCGGCCCCCCCGGGGCCCCGGGCAGUACCGGCGCCUCCUACAGGGGCUCGGCUUCCAGGACGUGCAGGCGACGCGCGCGGGAGACCUGCUGCACGUGGUCCUGGGGACCCGGGCCCCGCCCUGA